CCAAUCAAAGAAAAUCAAAAUAAAACUCGGCAAAUCACAAACUGCUAUCUCCUUCAUCCCUCCCCCUUCUUCUCUCUUCUCCAUCGUCAGAUCUAAAAAAAUUUCUCUCUUUCUGUUUCUCCCCCCCCUUCCAACUCUCGCGCCAAAUACAAAACCGCUUCCCCCCCUCCCUCCCCCCCUCUCUCUCCAGAUUUUUUAGUAAGAUGGCCGAUAAUCCGACCAGUCCGGCGGCGGGGAGCCACGAGAGUGGUGGUGAGCAGAGCCCGCGGUCAGGGGUGAGAGAGCAGGAUAGAUACCUGCCUAUUGCUAAUAUAAGUAGGAUCAUGAAGAAGGCGUUGCCGGCUAAUGGAAAAAUUGCUAAGGAUGCUAAGGAUACUGUUCAGGAAUGUGUAUCUGAGUUCAUUAGCUUUGUUACCAGCGAGGCGAGUGAUAAGUGCCAGAAGGAGAAGAGGAAGACGAUCAAUGGGGAUGAUUUGUUGUGGGCAAUGGCAACGUUAGGAUUUGAGGAUUAUAUUGAGCCACUUAAGGUGUACCUGGCUAGGUACCGGGAGUUGGAGGGUGAUGCAAAGGGGUCUGCUAGAGGUGGAGAUGGAUCUUCUAAACGGGAUGCAGUUGGAGGUCUGCCUGGUCAAAAUGCACAGUUUGCUUUUCAAGGAUCGAUGAACUAUACGAGUCCACAAGUGCAGGGACAGCAUAUGAUCCUUCCUUCCAUGCCAGGCAACGAGUAGGGUUUGGCUUUGCUUUGGUCAAUUCAGUGAAUUGUAAGUUGUAACGUUGGUAGAACUUUUUAGUUCCAACACUUGUAGAAUCUAAUCUCUCGCUUUAGUUGAUCUGAUUGGAACCAAAGUGCCCUAUAUAUUUUGGUGGCUUUGGUUUUUGGUUGUUUGUUGGGGGUGGUUUGAAUUUGGCUGGUGCCUUCAUCAUCAGUGCAGUUUUAAUAGUUAGAUUAAUUUCUGUAAA